AUGGCUUCUGUCUCAAUUCAGUUUAAUCCAAUCAACUCACCUCACUCUGUCCUAUGCUCACCUAUAAGAAUGUUUUUUGGGGUGAAAAACAGCUGCUUCUUCCUGCUGAUGUUGGCAUACGGAAUAUAGCAACAGCACUUCCUUUCACUCACCAUGUGUCCAUGGCUCUCAAGGUCAAAACUGCUGAAACCAAGGUUGUUCUGGUGAACUUGUUGAUAUGCGUGGUAGUUUUCUACACUGUGUACUAUGUGGUCCUAUCUGUGUGCUUCGCAGUAUUCAAGAUUAAAAUGUUGGAUGGUUUGGGACCUUUUGAUUUUAAGACAAGUCCCUCAUGGAUUAACCCAUAUUAUUUAGUUCUUGUGAUAUCAUUGGAAAUAACUUUCUUCAUUUGUGGUCUGCUGUUUGCCUUGGUUGUGGAAGAAUGGGUUUGGGAUUAUGCUGUAACAGUUACUAUUAUUCAUAUCACCAUAACUUCAGUCGUUAUGUCUGAAUUCCCCCUGAUGUUACACUGGUGGCUGGCAUUAGUCAUAUAUUUUCUUUCAGGAUCUGGAGUAAUUUCAAUGACUUGUGGAGGACAGAUUCUGGCAUACUGCUUGUUCAAAGACAACUUCAUUUACCCGAUUCUAGACGAUUUUUGAAAAGGAAAAUUAGAACUUGCCUUUAUAUUUAUAUGAAUUCUAUAGUUUCAGUAACAACGUAAUUAAAAUGAAGUUAGCAACUGUCUAAUUGUAAGGCUAAUAUUUAGCUUGUUUGUAUCUUACAUUUGUUUGCAAUGUCAAUGUCAUCACUUUUAGCCGUUGUAUGUACAUUUUCCAUUAAGCAAAUAAUUAGAUACACUGUCUCUUUUUUAAAAACAAAUAAACCAUAAGGAGCAUGAGAGCAAUGAUGCAACACUCUUGCAAAAUCCUACCAGGAAAAGGAAAAAACAGGCUUGAAUUACAUGUUUUCAGGGUACUUGUUAUCUGUUGUAUUUUAUGAAAUGCUGACUCUAAUUUAGGCUGGAGUCUGACCUCUCACAAGUGCUGUAAAACUUUAAAGUCACCCUAUCUGGCAUAAAUCACUGUAGGUUUAAAACAGUCUUUACUGGCAAACCCCUGGCAAAGAAGAAUCUGUGAACAGCACAUAGCUCUGCAUCUCUUCCCAUCUCAAAGCUCUCACCCAGAAGCUGCCCAAGACAACAGCAGGCAGGCGUACAAUCCCCAACAUUUGGUUGACCCCCUUGCUUCCAGGGAUGCUACAGGCAAAUGUUUUCUACAGUAGCUUCAGGCUAUUCUCUCUUUCGCUAAUGAUCCAUUUAUGGUCUGGCUGUGCUGGAAUGAGGAAAGGCAAAUGCUACCGCAGCCACUUUUUUACAUAUCCUUCUCUCUCCCCCAGCUGCAAGUGGCCAAUGGCAAAGUGUGAGUUUAUGGGUAGUGGUAGUUAAAAACAACAAACAAAUCACAGCGGUGGCUUCAAGUAACUCUUUAUCUCUUAACCAUAAUGAAGUUGUAACAGGAAAAUUGUUAGAAGGCAACUUCAUCUUAAAUAGGAUACCAGUGAUUGGAUUUCAACUGCAGUUUGCUUAGAAGAGCAAGACUGGAUUGCUGUUUGCACAAGAGUGCUAAAUGUUGCAUUUGCCUUAAUCUCACUCAACAGAUAAUGCCUCUGAAGAAUCUGUCCCGUUGAUCUAAUCAAACAUCUUAAAAUUUAUUGCAAGAUUUACAAUUUUCAAUUAAGUUGCAAUACUGAAAGCACAUAUACAGUGAGAAGCAUGUUUCAUAAGACUCCCAAAAUAAUGAGUUUGUCUCUCAUGAAUGAUAGAUGUGUAAGUCAUCUUAGAGACAAACCAGGUAUGUAAAUCCGUAACACUGAAUAGACCUAGGACAUAGACGUAGGAACAACUUUACAAGUUGUUCAGCAUAAUAUGCUACGUACUGAAGUCAGCAGAGAUAAUUCCGGAGAGUGAAUUAACUGACCUGCACUGAUCAGUGGUCUGAACCGUGAACCAUUUUUAGUUUGAUGAAUUUGUGUCUCCAGAAACAUUAGUAUGCAGAUGACCGACUGGUAUUAUGUGUUUGAAAAAUGUUUGCACACUUCUUCCAGAUUUGUUUCAGUUCAGAACUAUAAAAAUGGAUAGGAAGUACCGUCUAAUGUAAAUUCAUACCUCUGUCCUCAUCCUCACACAGUUUGUGUGUGUAGGUAGUGUGCCAUGUGCAGAAUAUGAGUGGAUUAGAUAUAAAGUUAAUCCACGGGUGGAACAAGUUUCUAUUUUUAACCUGACAGGAUUUUCCUCUACGUGUGUCAGCCUAGCUGCAGCUUGUAGUAGCUCUGUUGCCCAGUCUUGACAUUUUUAACUUUUGUUUUCUAUUUAAAAUCUUAAAUCACCAGCAAGAGAUACCUUCAGGCUAAUAUGAAGAGUGCUUUAGUCCCAGGAAUUCUCCAAAGCACGUACAACUAGGCCAGUGCUAGAAAAAUAAUCACAGCAAGAACUCUAUCGGGGAUUAAAAGCCUUAGUCCAGCUAUUAAAGUGUCAUUAGCUUUUUGCAUUACUUUCAGAUAUGGAAUGGUGAGAAAAUUUCAACAUUAUUUGUUUCAUCUUUUCCAUCACUUUUAUGUUGAGCACCAAUGAUAAAUAUUACACAUAAUGUUUGAAGUGUAGAAAAAGUUCUUAUUAUACAAAUAAAUGUUCAUCAUGUAAGCAAUAUGAGCUAUAUCUGUGUGGGCAUUACCUGGUCAGGAGCCUUCAGAGAUAAUAUCUAAUACUGCGUGAUUUCUAUCUGAUACACCAAAAUGGCACUUUUGAAUAUGACAAACCUGGCUGUUUCUGGAACAAUAAUAAAGUGACCCACUUAAGCAAUUUGCAUGUGACUAAUUGAUAACAGUCAAGACACAGGUGGGAAAGAAGACCUGCUGGAGGAAAAGGCGGCUAUUGUAUGUGUUUCACAACAGACCUGCCAAAGACUACAAGAAAAGACUGCUACAGAAAGCAGGAGGAAAACAGAGAAAACAGCAACAGGGACAUGUGUUUGAAAAAAAGGCCCGAUGAAAGCAAGAAACGAGAAGACACAAAUGGACAAGAUCAGUGAAAGAAGAAAAAAUCUGCAGAGUGAACUGGUAGCACUGGAGUCUCAUGACAUGAGACUUGCAUGCCACUUGUAUGCCGCAAUCUGUUUUUCUGCUGAUGUAUAUACAUGACUGUAGGAAAGGUGGUCUCUGUAGUUACGACUAUAAUCUGUGAUGUUAUGCCUGUGGCUCCUGCCCCAGGAUUUUCAGAAUUCUUUGCUCUCUGACCCAGCCAGGCACAUGAAUAUUGUCUAGUUUAGUUGGUGUGGGCUUGCUGUUAAGUUAUUUAACCCCUUGUGAUACGGUCUAGUAGUCACGAGUUUGCACAGGUAUCAGUGGGGGUGUAGACAGUCUAGAAAACAUUACAAGCAGAUGGAGACUUUAUCCACUUCCAGGCAGAGUUUGCAGGGAAGAAGGUUAGAAGUUGCAAACAUUAGGUACAGAAAUCAAUGGAAUGGUACACAAAUGACAUACACCAUACUUAGAGGCAUUUUAAGAUUUUUUUUCAGAGGCAAGAAGCUCCUUUUCAUCAUAUCUAACCACCUACUGAGAUAGAUUAUAGUUCUCCUCAAUUCAGCCCUUUCUCUAAAAGGCUCUGCAUUCAUUCUUGUUCCAAAUGGUGAAGUGCCUUACUCGUAACAAAGAACGUGACUGAAAUGUGGUUUUUCUGGAGACUCUAAGUGUAUAUUUCUAGGCUAAUAGCACUGCCUUCAAUAUAAUGUCAAAGUGUAAACCAAUUCAAAAACUUGUUCUGGGACCAACAAACUAACUCAAAUGUGUAAAAGCAGCCAAAUAUCAAACUAUGGAGUACAGACAAUGUAAUGAUUUUUAGUUGGCAUUUUUGUAAAAAUAUAGGUUUAAAUACUUAUAAUUUCCUAGUGAAGUAAAGAGUUGGUUAUUCAAACUAAGCCCAUCAUUUUUCCACCUCUGUAAAUUGCUUGAUCAACAUUUCCAUCUCUUUUGUAUUCAAACUUAAAAAAGCAAGCAAAACAAAACCCUACAGUAUUCAUUAUUUCUAUAUCCCUAAAAAUACCAACAAAUGCUGCACCAAUAAAUGCAGAAAACACAGUAUGAAUAAUACUAGAUCACCAGCAAUGGGUAGAUGAGUCACCUGACUGCAGUCUCCUAUGUUGGAUAUUCAUGCACAGGAUUCCUGUGGACCGUAGUCUCUUGACUAGAAAUACACAUCGUGACCGAGUGAGCUUCGUUAAAACAAGAAAAGAUGUGAAAGCCUUACACAUUCUUCAUUCCAUCGUCUGGGAUGUAUGUUGUCACACCAUAAAGUUAGAUCCUUGUUAAUCUCCACAGUUAUUAAAGCUUUAUUUAAAUAUUUUGUAUCUUCCAAAUGUGACUGACUUAGAAUAUUUAUUUCUUGGCCUAAGAUCCUGUGUAAUGAUCCAUCUGCUCAGUAAUGGCUAAUACUCUAAUCUCUCCUUUUUGUGAGCUAAUCACGGCCACAGACAGCAUGCACUCUCUCAUUAGAUGUCAGAGGGGAUAAAGGUCUUAGGAGUGGUUAUAAAAUUUGAUGGUGUAAUUAAUACCUUUAUUAUUGGCUUUAAACCUUUUAGUGUGAGGCUAUGAUUUUAAGACGCAGACCCGUGUCCCAACCUCUCCUCUGCUCAGAGAAUGAUAUGGAUCCCUUCAGAUGCACCUGGAUAAUUAUGCUUAUGUUGUAGGGCAGGCAUGCUCUGCGAUGGACUUACAUCCUACUCCACCCAUUCUCCAGUUCAGGGGACCAAAUGAAUACCUUGCAGUCAUCUCCCAGUUCAUACACUCAGGUUUCUUCUGCCAACAAGAGUGAAAGAAGGAAAAGAUGUGUGCUUGGAUGUCAUCCCAACAUGUAGCUGUAGUGUGGCAUUGGCUCGGACUGGGGAUUUGGGAGGCGACACUAGGACACCAACUAUGGACAACCAAAAUCUGAGGAAAGGCCUUGGCCCCAAUCUUUUAAGGUUGUCUAUGCCUAUAAAACAGUCACAGUCAAAUAUAAGGAUGAUGGUUGAAACUGGAGCCUGUGAGAAAUAUGCAAGGUCCUUUCAGUCUCUUGCUGUCAUUGUCCUAAAUCAGACAGUCACAGCCUGUCCAUUACCGGUCUGUAUUUUCCAAUGAAAACAAAUCCUAAUAUGAGAUUAUUUGCUGUGGAUUUGCACAGUGAUUUGUAAACAAAGGGUCUACUCCUGCUUCCAACAGCAAAGAUCCCGUUAUCUCUAUUGGAGCAAUACCCUACCAAAGGACCACUUAUAUGUAUGCAGACCCUCUGUCAGAGCGAUCUUGUCACCAGAUUUUCAGCAUCAAAAGCAGAAAUGUUUAAAUAAAACAUGGGUGAUGGCAAAAUGCUCAAAUACAUUAAGAAUUGCCAGUUUCCUAGCAGUCUUCAAACACCUUUGCACUGAAAUUACAUCUACAUCAGUAGCUUUCAAAAUACACCGAAAAAGUGCUUCAAUUCACUUCAUAAACACAAAGAUGUACCAUUAAAAAUGACAAUAAAGAUCAAUGUGUUUGAUAUCUCAUAUGGUAUUAAUGGAAAAAAAUUAGCCAAAUUACAUGAGCAAAUUCAACAGCAAAUCAUAUUUAUAUUAAUUUGAAUUUAGUAUUUAAAAUUAAUGUGAAUUCUAUGGAAUUGUUUUAACACUACUUCACUGGAAAAUUAUAGCUAAUCUUAUGAAAGUGGGGAGUAUUCCUUAGCACACUCCCAUGAGAGAGAAGGGCAGGCAGUGAGAGGCAAAGGUGGAGGGAAGAGGGUGUUUCAAGAAUGUAGCUGCUUCAAUACCCAAGAAGAAUGAAAGAGAACUCACAGGAUAUGAACCAACUUACCUAGCUGGGAGCAAUUUUCCAUUCUAAUGGGUGAUGUGCUGGUAACUAGGUCCUGGCAAAAUUUUUCAGUAAAUCAUUGGUACACAAAAAUUCAUUUUAAGACAGCCAAACCACCUAUGAACACAGUUAAUUGAGUUUUGCUUGAAAAAGAAAGAAGGUGAAGCGCGUCAAUGCCUGUUCAUUUCAGUCCCAUUAGAUCUCAGUUGUUCAGGUUAGAAUCACAAGGGUACCAACAAGAAGAGAAUGAGAGGGCUGCUAUUACAGUGGAUACAUUCAGACCUAAAGCAGCAAACUCUCUAGAUGGAAUUCAUCAGACAAUUGUUUGGUGUGCCAUAUUUUCCAGCAGCUUUUUAAGCAUGCAACCCUUGCUUUAGGCAAAUUUUAUUUCCUGAACAUUUGCCAUUGAAUCAUUCAAAGAACAAUGCAAGUUGUAACUGAAAAGCAACUACUGUUUUCCAUUGUCAGGAAAUGAAACAACAUGGGGUCUUCAGGUUUUGAGCAAAUAAAAUCGGUUUUGAUUAAAAACAAAGUUGCAUUAAACUGAAAUUUUCACACAAAAAUCUGUUUAGACUAGAAGGUAUUUUUGUUGAAAAAAAUAUUUAUUCCCAAAUGAUAAUGUUUCAUACCUUAUUUGUUGCAUGUAUUUUUAGAAUGUGUUAUGUAUCACUAGAUAACAUUUGCAGACUGUUCCAGUUGCCGAGGUAACUAUGUUAUUUUAAUGAUCAGUGGAGAGGAUCAUUAUGUAAAACAUUAUGUUAAUUUCAAAUGCAGAAAAUUGAUGUCUUGCUGUUACCUUGAAGCUGUACCUUUUUUUUUUUUUUUCCCUACAAAGUGCCUUUUUCCAUGAAAAUUAAUGGUAUGGCUAAGGGCUUGAGUAUCCUUUUCAUAGUGAUUCAAGUUGGCUUUGGAGGCAAGUAAGGCAAAAAUGACACCUGUCGACCAACUAAUGGCAGAUGAACAAAUUUCAAACCACCAUAGUUUGUACAGAAAUAGUAUAGGAAAAAUUGUUCCAUGUAUUCUUAACUAAUAAACAUGGACAAUUGGUAGGAAUUUUAGGAAGGCACAUAUUUACAUAAUUUCAUUUUUAACUUUGAAAUGUAUUAUUGCUUAGUUAAGGAAAGCAAAUUAUAAAGCACAUGUAAGUAUUGUUUAUGAUUAAGUACAUGUAAGUAUUGUCCAUGAUACAGACCAGCGGAUGAAGAGAUUAAAAAACUGACAUUAAACUUUUGCUGCUUUUAUUAGAUUAUAUAUCUACUAGAUUACUAGAUUAUACCAGCAGUACAAAUGUCAUGCAUUU